AUGACUGACUCAACCCGAGUGAUAAUGGAACCAAUGAAGGAGAGUUUUUCGUUAAAAAAUUUAUCGAUGAAUGAAUUAAACGAAAUUGCGAAAAUGCUAACUGAAGAAGAAAGGCGAAUGAUUGCUGAACAACAGGGAAAUUGUUUAAGGGAAAUGUUUUUCAAAAAGGUGGUACCAGCAGUGGCGAUUGCUGGCGGAUGUACAUUUGCUGCUCGUAAAAUAUUUCCGAAUAAGUUGGUUGUUUCACCUGUUGGUCUGGGCAUGAUCAUUACUGGUGCAGCCCUAUAUUCUUUGGGAAGUUCGAUGCGUUUAUGUUACGAUCGCGUCAAUCCUACUGUGCAAAGUAUUUUUGAAAAGUAUGUGGGAAAAUCGAGUAUCAUUGGUAUGCGCAACAAAAAAACAGACCAGCUUGGUCAAAUGGAUUAUGAAUUGCUUAGUGUACGACAAGCUGAACCAAGUGAAACGUUACGACAGAUGCCAGCAACAAUUCUUCGUGAAAAAUGGGUUCAAGAACCAGAUUAUGGCACAAAAACUGAAAAUAUUCUCGAAUCUCCUCAACAAAUAGGUGAACGUCAUGCAGCUAAGCGAACAGCUAUGCAAGAGCUUGCUUCAACAUGGUCAGAAAAAGAUAAAAAAGUCAUCAGUAGUUUUUUGGAUGACCAGCCUGCGUAUAUGCCUGGUACACCGACUGUUGAUACAGUACGCAAACCACAUCAAAGUCAGUAUGGUGAUGAGGGAUUUUCAUAA